GCUUCGAUUUCUUAAGUAAACAAUUAGGAUAAGGGGUAUAAUACGCAACGAGAACUAAGUAAUCUAUUGUAAAUACAACUUAUGUUUUCAUUUCCCAUGAUCAUUAAAACUUACAAGGCAAAACAUCACUAACGAUUUUGCUUCGAGCCGAGCUUUUAAUGAGUCAUGUGACCUAAAUACAACAAACUGACAUGGCGGUGAAAAUGAACUUGUAUUUUAUCGACAUCGGUCUUUAACCUGCAUAGUAUGGCCACUCCUCAUCUUGCGUGUUUUGGACAGGCGGAAUUUUCAGCACAGGAGCAUGAGGCUGUGCAGGCAGCUUUACGACAGAAGCUAGGGCCAGAGUUUGUAAGCCAGAGAUCAGGUGCAGGAGGACAGAAGCUUGCUUAUGUAGAAGGAUGGCGGUUGAUAAACCUUGCAAAUGAAACUUUUGGUUUUAAUGGUUGGUCUCACUCUGUCACUCACCAGAAUAUAGAUUUUGUGGACCACCAUGAUGGCAGAUACUAUGUUGGUGUCAGUGCCUUUGUUAAGGUGCAGUUAAAGGAUGGCGUGUAUCAUGAAGACAUUGGCUAUGGUGUCUCUGAGGGAAUGAGAUCCAAAGCUUUGUCGAUAGAAAAAGCUAGAAAGGAAGCAGUCACUGAUGGACUCAAGAGAGCACUGAAGAGUUUUGGCAAUGCACUGGGUAACUGUUUAGGAGACAAGAUGUACCUGAAGACUAUAGGGAGAGCACCCAAGCCUCCUCAGGAGGUCAAUGAUAUAGCUAGUAUGAAACACCAAUUAGUGGAUCAGAAUAUUCAGUCAGCAAGACAAGACCAUAUGGUGAAGGUGGAGCAGUUACGAGUGAAACAUCACACAGCUGAUAUUUUACACUCACAUGAUCAAACGAAAGGUGUCAGAACAACUGAAAAAUUGACAAGCACAAGAAUUGCAGGAGACUCAGAGAAUAACUGGGAUAUUAAGCCUAACAUUGUUACCGAAAUUGAGAGCUAUAACAGCAAUGUUGGACAUGUACGAAGGAAUACUAUUUCACAUACAACAACUGAACAGUUGCCAACGGAAAGACAUGCAGCAAAACACACAAGGUCAACCUCACAUGUUCCAACUGAAGAAAAGGAAAAUGUUGUUAAUAACCUAAAGGAGGAACCAGGAGAGAAAAAUUUACGGUCACCAAAUGGAAAUCUUGGAAAUCAGGAGAAAAAUAUAAACAUGGCAGAUGCAAGUGGAAAUGAGGAGGCUGAAAAGCUCCAGCGAAAACUGAGACAACAGCAGAAACAGAAAGAAUUUCAACAGAGACUGAGGAACAAGCAACAGACAAAGCCUGCUGAGUCACCCCAGGUUAAUUUGGCUAUUCAGCAACCAAGGGCCACUUCCACCCCUCUAGUUGCACAGAAACCUGCCACCACCAGCACAACAACCCCCAGAAGAGGGCACCACAGUACAGGAGGACACAAGAGGCAACUUAGUGAGGGAUUAGUUGCAGAAGACAACUUUGAUGAUCCUGAGUUGUGGAACCAAACCAUUGAUAUGGAAGGUAUUGAUUUAGCUAUGAUUGAGAAUGGUUACCAGGACAACAGUGGUCAUGGCAACCACAGCAUGACAACCAGAAGCAAGAGGGUGGAGCCAAGUGUCAGUAAACAGCCAAUCGGUGCACUUGGGCAGCAAGGAGCUAACCAAGGCCCAGCUUUUGUGAAACGAAGAAAGAUGGAGCCACCAUAGAAGGGUGUCUUUACUGAAAAACAAAAAAUAUCAAAAAAGUGAGCAAACAGUCAUGGCAAAGGAAGUGAGACCCCUUUAAAGCUUCAUAAAUUACAUGGAAUGAUUAAGUUGUUGAGACCAGACAAUUUUAGAACUA